CAAACCACGGCACUACGGCGACACGGAGCCACACCUAGGAGUUUCUCGAGGUUUUCGCAAGGAAAACCGUGUAGGAGGCUACUGCUGAUCGAGUUUUAUCUGAACUCGAUCAAUGGAAGGCUAUGAAGAAGACGAUGAUACUCACUUUUGCAUCAAAUGUAACUUGACAAUUAACGGUCUUAACAAUUAUGUGCAACACCGUCGAUCAGGCUGCCGACCACCCAAUGUUAAAAUUGUUAACGAGCCACCGUCGACACCGACAGUGUCUUAUCCCGAAAUUCUAAAUGCAGACGCGUUCUUCAAUUCGCUGGAAUUACAAAGUAGUGCAAAGUCAAACACUAGAAGAGCCCCGACUUUAUUGGAUAACAGUCGAAAAUUCAAGAAAGAUGACAAGAGGAAGAAGUAUCAAAAAGUCCAGGAUGGCGACGAAUCUGGCGCGAAAGAUAAACUUCACAGCAUGUUACCUGUCAGCGAUUUGGACGAACCAUCGGAUUUGUGCAUCCAGUCCAUCAAGCAGACUACCUCCGAACGAAAAAGGCAGAGUUGGUUGGAUGAUACCAUUCUCGACGAUCUUGCUUUGGGGAAUAACGCAAAUAAGGAUUUGGCGAGAUACGAUUUUGAGUAUCCGAAUGACGACGAUGACUCCGAUGACGAUAUGCUGGGGGAGGAAUUGGGGGAGGAUUCUUAUUCGGAUUCGGACGAUGGUGAAAAUCGAGAGCGUCCACCGAGAGAUCAUACCGGUGGAAAAUGGAAACCCGGACUCGACGAUUUGCCGCAGGACAUGCCGCAUAUGCAUGAGGAGGAUGUGGAACUCGACGAUGAUCAUCACGAACAUCCUCCGCCGACGUAUACCGGCGGCAAAUGGCGACCUACGGAGAUAUCGCAAAAGGACGAGGAAUACGAAAGUAAGAACGCAUCUGGACAGCCGCCACCGGGACACACGCGAGGAAAAUGGGUACCGGGUGCACAAACGGAUAUCGAGUCAGGAUAUUGGUGCAAUCCUUGCGGCAGGAAACUCGCUUCACGAUUGGUCUACGACAGGCAUCUGCGCUCUGAUUUGCACGCCAGGAGGAGCAUUAGAGAACUCGACGGCGGUCUUCAUCCACGACGCGGUAUCAAUUCUCACGCAAGAGUGUCCAGAAGAGUGUCCACUCGUAGACAGGCUUCGCUUGCAGCGAGGAUGAAAGAAGAACCACAGCGAAAGAAAGUUAAGAAAGGUCUGCGUCGACGGGAGAAGGAGAUUCUCCUGUGCGAAAUGUGCCGCACACGUGUAAGGAGGCCUCAAAUGGGUAAACAUUUGCUCUCCCAUUACCAUUGCCGUGUGUCAGGUGUCCUCGUGAAUCCUCGCAAUCCAAGUGUACGCCGCUUCCUCCUGGAGCAUAUAGCGAAUGUGGUUCGACAGAGCCCGUUCCAAUGCGCUCCUUGUCAUUUUUACUGCAACACCGAGGAGACGUUCCUGCUUCAUUGGCGUUCCGAUCUUCACUUCAAGACUGUAGAACAGAUCGGCGGUAGUUGCAGAUGCAAUCCGUGUAACUUCUGGUGCGAAGACAACGCGACAAUGGAAUCUCACCUGCUGAGUACGAGUCAUCGUGACGUAGUAUCGAUGAUGAAGGGCUCCACCGUGCCGGUGGUAAUUAGUCGUCAAUGUGCGUUAUCCUGCGGCGGUUGUGAUCGGCAGUUUCGAUACAACUUUCAGCUGCGAUCGCACGCCAAGGAAACCGGUCACAACGCGGGCUACACCGCAUCGGACGAGUACCAGCAGCGUAUCAAGUGCGAGCUCUGCUCUCAAGUUUUCCGGUCUCUAGUUGCUCUUCAACGUCAUCAAUUGACUAGUCACGUCGUCAAGGACAAAAAGGAGGGCGAGGUCGCGACAGUCGUGCAACCGGCGCCAUAUUUUUGUUCCUUUUGCUCGAUGAAUUUCACCACCGCCCAAGAAGCGGUUCUGCAUCGGAGAACCUCUAGUCACAAGGAAGCUGUGAAAGUACGUAAAAGUGAGGAGGGUCUGCUGGAGACAGUGCGGGAGUGCCCUCACUGCGAGCGGAAGCAACCGAAUCUCGCGGCGCACAAGAUUCAUCUUCUCCAUUGCCAUCCAAAACUUUGCCACAGAUGUCCUCGAUGUGGUACGCUUUUCGCUUUGUCACAAGAUGUCACCAGGCACACGCGAGAGGGUAAUUGUAUCAAAAAUAGCAAAUCGAACGUGGAUGAUAAAAUGAACGUGAAGAAAGAAUGGGAAUGCAAAGAAUGCAUCUUCUCAACGGAUUCCAAAGCUGAAUUUAUUUUUCACGAGGCCCUCCAUGCCGGUGCUGUUCAUGAAAUGGACAAGGGAACGUCCGGCUCGAGCAAGUUGUUGCCGAAAUAUAAGUGUCCGACUUGUGCGAAAAUCUUUACGAAAACAUCGCUACGAAACCACAUCAGACAGCAUACUGGUGAAAAGCCUUUCCCUUGCAUGAAGUGUUCAAUCUCGUUCUCGAGGAGAUCGCAUCUUAUCAUUCAUCAGAAGAUAUGCAGUUCUUUGUCGAAAGGCCUGGAUAAAACUGGUCGUCGACGAAGCUUUAUUUGUUUGGAGUGCAAAGAAGGCUUUUACACAAAACAUGCUCUUCGACAGCACAUGCUGCGACACGCUGGUAAGAAGUACAAGUGCGGCCUUCCGGGUUGUCCCACGAUUCUUCGUACCGCAUCUGAGCUGAAGACUCAUCGAAGAUUAGUCCACGACGACAUCGAGAAACAGUAUUCCUGUCCCGAUUGCUCUUAUGCCGCUAAGACAAAAACACAAUUGCGCAGGCAUAGGAUACGACACGAUGAUUCCGCGAGUACCGAGAAGAUCCAAAUCUAUUCCUGCACUUACAAUGGCUGCAAUUUCAAGACGAAACUCUGCUCCAACUUGCGGAGACACGUGCGACUGCAUACAGGCGCCAAACCGUACAAGUGUCGACAUUGUUCCUAUGCCAGCAAUACUUUGGAAAAUCUCCGAAAGCAUAUACUAAUGACGAAUCUACAUCCUGGUAAGACGAUUUACGAAUGCCAAUUUUGCAAGAAGAAAAAAGAAGAUCCGUUUUGCACAAAUUUCGCCAAGGAACUUCGCGCUCACUUGUUGGAAGCUCACGCUGAAAACUUUCCGACACCAAACGAUGCGAACAAUUAUACAAAUAACAUUUUUGCAUUAAACUGAUCAAAAAAAGUGAGAAAAAGACAUUUACUUAAUUUAUAUAAUUUUAUCAAACCAGUCUGAUUUAGACACAUAUACUGAAUAAAUAAAUAUACCAAAUCA